AUGACAGCUCAUUAUCUAUCUAUCUAUCUAUCUAUCUAUCUAUCUAUCUAUCUAUCUAUCUCAGUCUAUUCAUUUCUAGCUUCAAUCUGUUCAUAUCUAUUUAUCUCAGUCUUUUCAUAUGUAUCUAUUUAUCUAUCUAUCUAUCUCAUCUGUCUAUCUAUCUAUCUAUCUAUCUAUCUAUCUAUCUAUCUAUCUAUCUAUCUAAUUCCGUCUGUUCAUAUCUAUCCCUGUCUGUCUGCCCAUCUAUCUAUCUGUCCGUCAAUCUAUCUAAAUCUGUCUGUUCAUAUCUAUCUAUCUAUCUAUCUAUCUAUCUAUCUAUCUAUCUAUCUAUCUAUCUAUCUAUCUAUCUCACUGAAAUCAUGUAUGUUUUCUCUUUUUUCUUUCAUUCUUGCCCGCCAAUUUCUUUCUUUCUUUCUUUCUUUCUUUCUUUCUUUCUUGCUUCCACCUAAUCCCCUCUUUUCCUCCCUUUUCAUGUCCUUCGUUUCUUUUUUUCUUUCUUUCCAUUUUUAUUGCUCUCAGUGCCUUUCUUUCUUUCUUUCUUUCUUUCUUUCUUUCUUUCUUUCUUUCUUUUUCCAUCUAAUCCACUCACAUGUUGUUCAUGUCCUACUUUUCUUUCUUUCUUUCUUUCUUUCUUUUUUUCUUUUUAUUCUCUUUUCUUAUAGUUUUCUCUUUUUUCUUUCAUUCUUGCCUGCCAAUUUCUUUCUUUCUUUCUUUCUUACUUUCUUUUUUCUUUCUUUCUUUCUUUCUUUCUUUCUUUCACCUAAUCCACUCACUUCUUUUCCUCGCUUUUCAUGUCCUUCGUUUCUUUUUUUCUUUCUUUCCAUUUUUAUUGCUCUCAGUGCCUUUCUUUCUUUCUUUAUUUCUUUCUUUUAUUUUCCAUCUAAUCCACUCACAUGUUUUUUCUCUUUUUUCUUUCAUUCUUGCCCGCCAAUUUCUUUCUUUCUUUCUUUCUUUCUUUCUUUCUUUCUUUCUUUCUUUUUCUUUCUUUCACCUAAUCCCCUCACUUCUUUUCCUCCCUUUUCAUGUCCUUCGUUUCUUUUUUUCUUUCUUUCCAUUUUUAUUGCUCUCAGUGCCUUUCUUUCUUUCUUUUUCUUUCUUUCUUUCUUUCUUUCUUUUUCUUUUCUUUCUUUUCUUUUUCUUUUCCAUCUAAUCCACUCACAUGUUGUUCAUGUCCUACUUUUUCUUUCUUUCUUUUUCUUUCUUUCUUUUUUUUUUUUUAUUCUCUUUUCUUAUAGUUUUCUUUUUUUCUUUCAUUCUUGCCUGCCAAUUGCUUUCUUUCUUUUUUCUUUUCUUUCUUUCUUUCUUUCUUUUUUCUUUCUUUCUUUCUUUCUUUCUUUCACCUAA